AUGGAAGCUUACUCUUCUUCUUCGGCUAUGAAGGCUCCACAGGCUUCUUCAUUUCAUGGAUCACUUCAUUCCGUGAAUAAGCCAUUGUCAAAGCCCUGGAAGAAGCCAAUCGCACCAUUUCCACCCACCCCACCCAAGGUUUACACGGUCGACCCCAGAAACUUCCGUGACUUGGUUCAAAAGCUAACCGGUUCACCUGAGUUCAUGCCCCAAACUCAUAAUCUAACGCCAACAACUCAGUUCGAGUUGCCUCAUCAUCAUCAGCGUCUCCAAGGAGUAGCCCCUCCGCCUCUUCACGUGGCAGCAUCGCCGUUGUCUAGGGUUGAAGUUUCUGCACCGUUGAAUCUGUUUUCGGGAUUAGAUCAUCAUAUUCAUACCACAUCACAGAACCUGAUAUUCUCUAAUAAUUCCAUGAAUACGAUAACAUCGAAUUCACUCGGAUUGAACAUGUCGCCAUCUUCUUAUAAUUGGUGCGCUUUCCCCAUUCUCAGUCCCGGUACACUCGCCUCCUUGGAGCAAAGCACUGUUCCUUAG